GGCCUCCGGCCUGCUCCAUUUGCUGUGCUGUCUCUCUCUCUCCUUGCUAUGGAGUUAAGCUUAGAUCGCACUUUCCGGCACGCUGUGAUUUUUCGUCGGUUUGGUGGUUGGAAUUAUGUACCACUAUUUGCAGGAUUGCUGCGCCGAUCCUUGUCUUAGGAUGAUUUGAGUUAUUAUACCGCUGAAAAUGAAGUGCUAGUUGAGAGGAUCGGCGGAGGUGACGUUUGCUGGUCUUCGACGUUCGUUAUUUUGGUGUGCGAGCUAUUCAGUGAGGAACUUGCAGAGUAGGUUGAUGAACUACUGGAGCUGGACUAGCAAGACUCUGAAAGUGUAGACUGAACCAAUUGGAAAGUCGGACAAUUAGAUAGGAUAGUGGGUUGACUGUAACAUUUCUUCUAUAGCAGAGGGUUGCGAAAUAAUGGAUCGCGAGGAUGUAAAUGAAGAUACAAAUGGGCUUCAACGGGAAAGUGAGGAUUCACAUGAGAAUGGUGGACAGCAAACUAGGCAGAGGCGUACAGACAUUCCUCCAAAAGUGGUGAAGAAGACGAAAGAAAUAAUUAAAAAACAAGCAACCGUGAUUGCUAAGAGUGCAGAUGAACAUGAAGAUUUUAUUGCGAAGAUUAUGUAUUGCUUGGGUGUUGUCUCCUUUGGAACAUUCUGCUUUCUGUUGGGAUCAAGGCCUGAUGCUAUCCCUAAAUUGUACUGCCUCUUUUUUAUAACUGUGGCACCUUUGAGAUGGAUCUAUUACCGCAUGAAGAAGUGGCACUAUUAUUUCUUUGACUUCUGCUAUUAUGCUAACACUAUUUUCGUAGUGAUGCUUUUAUACUUCCCUAAAAAUGACAAGCUCUUUCUUGUUUGCUUUUCAUUUGCUGAGGGACCGCUGGCAUGGGCAUUGAUCGUUUGGCGCUGUAGUCUUGUCUUCAGCUCCUUUGACAAGCUCGUUAGUGUUCUCAUCCACUUACUCCCAGGCCUCGUCUUCUACAUUAUAAGGUGGUGGGACCCGGCUAGCUUUUCUCAUCAUGCAAUUGAUGACACUGGUCCCUGGCCAGCAUACCCUCUGCUGGAGAACAAUCAGCAGUUGUGGACGUGGCUUUUUGUUGUCCCCCUCAUCGCUUACACUCUGUGGCAGUUGUUGUAUCUACUUGUUGUGAACGUGUUGAGGCGGCAGCGAUUGCUCAACGAUCCGGAGGUCAUGACGUCAUUUAGAGAAUUGUCGCGAAAGGCACAAAGAUCGAAUAAUAUUUGGUGGCGUCUGAGUGGGGUGUUGGGUGACAACAAUCGCGUACUCAUGUAUUGCAUCCUUCAAGGUAUAUUUACGAUUCUCACUAUGGGCUUAACUGUUCCGCUCUUCAAGUCGUACCGACUUCAUACGGUGUUCCAGUGCUUGAAGGUCGCAGCUAGUGUUUGGAAUGGUGGUAUAUUCUUCUUGGAUGUAAUGCCUAGGAAGAUAGAUGCCAAGAAGAAUAAAAAGUCCAAAGCCCCCAACUUUCCAGUUUCUAUGAACAGUACUGGCUUGCCAUUAGAAGGUGCUUCAGGUUGUGAUCCACAUCUCUCAUCUGAUCGUAAAUCUAGUGAUGGAGAGUCAGGCAACAACACCGAUUAGGAUCUCUCCUCUUUCAAUGUGGGCGCAAAUGAAUCUCAAAUAGCUGAUUUUGUCUGUAAAUUGUUGUAUUGAUUUUCCGCACGAAGGUUUGACAGUGUCAGAGCUUCGUAUUACGUGUUGCUCUAUCGUAUGCCUGACAAGCGAUAUCCAUGAUCGGAUCGAGAUGUUUUGGUUUAUUAUAGACGAAUGAAACGUUGAAUCUGUGAUUUAAUCGUGCUCAAA